GCCCCAUUGGUCUAAGCAGUCAACGGUUGCCCGUGAGGCUGCGGCAGGGAUUGGUUCAGGAUCUAUGAGAUCCACCGCUUCCGACCCCACCACACACACCGGAGAGAAGGAGAGCGAGAGAGAGAGAGAGAGAGAGAGAGAGAGAGAGGAGCCAACAUGGCUGAAUCAGAGGGAAACGAGUUCACUUCUGGUGGCAUUUUUCAGGAAAUCUUCACCUCCCCGCUGAACCUGACCCUGCUCAGCCUCUGCUUGUUUCUCCUGUACAAAAUCCUCCGCGGGGACAAACAGCCGGAGCUCGUCGAGGUGGAAAAACCGCUGCCCAAACUGAAGAGGAGGGAUUUCACCCUGGCAGAGUUGAAGCCCUACGAUGGAACGCAGAAUCCCAGGAUCCUCAUGGCUGUCAACGGGAAAGUGUUCGACGUGACCAGGGGGAAGAAGUUUUACGGGCCAGAGGGGCCGUAUGGAGUGUUUGCAGGCAGAGAUGCAUCCAGAGGUCUGGCCACGUUCUGCCUGGAGAAAGAGGCCCUGAAAGACGAACACGAUGACCUGUCCGACCUUAACGCCAUGCAGCAGGAGAGCCUCUCUGAGUGGGAGACUCAGUUCACCUUUAAGUAUGACUACGCCGGCAAGCUUCUGAAGCCAGGAGAGGAGCCCACAGAGUACACAGACGACGAGGAAGGAAAAGACAAAAAGGUGGACUAGAAAAUAAAAAGUGACCAAGAGGGAAAAAUGACAGAUGCCUUAAUGUUUGUUUGUAAUUUGAUGCUGGUUGCUUCCUGUUAGGGCCAUUCAGAGACAAAUCAUCCAUCUUCUGUAUCCCUUCUAGUAUUUUUGGAUCAUCGCAUUCCUGGAUUUUAUUUGCCGACUGAAUUCCAUUCAUCUCCAUUUGUGUCAUGUGAAGGUUAGACAGCAUUAACAGUUAAAUACACUGCAUUAGAGCUGUGCAGCAUUGUUACAGUUUAAAUCCCUUACCGUAAACUUAAACAUGGAUCCUUAGAUUGUUGUAGAGAAUCAAGAACUCAAGAAAAUCGAGGAACAUUUGCGACAUUUUGUGACGCUCACCUCAGUAACAGCCCAUCGGAUCAAUUCGAUGAUCCACGAUCCACAGCUCUGAUCCUCAAGCCCCUUAAAGCUUCAGUCUGACCAAAAGCUAGUGUGGUUAGCUGAGAAGUUUCCCCAAAAUUAGAUCCCUUUACAGUUAGCUACAAUAGCUAAUCAAGGGGACUGAUUUCUUUGUUUACUUUUCCUCGAACUCUGAGACAAAUUUUUGAAAUGUUUUAGGUCAAAUAACAUUGAUUGCCAUGGUAUACAAUAUUACGCUUGAGUUGCGUCUCUUGAAUCUCUACAACGGAGAUGGCGAGUGCAGAAUUAACAUGACCCAGAUUCACCCAGACCAACACCCGGGUUGGAAAAAAAACAAAACAAAACAUAAUUUUCUAAUUGGACCGAGCGCUGAUGAGCUGAAGUAAUCAUUUUUUUUUUUUUUAAAGAUGUCAUCAUAUAAACACAGCAAAUCUGAUUUCUCUUAAGCACCUUCUCUCAAUAAACUGUACCUAAGUUUCACCAAACUGCCAGUUGCAUCCUUUCUGGCUUAAAGCCUUACCAUUACCAUCAUAUAAGAGGUCAUAUGGCCUGUUGUUUGUUUUUUUUUGUCAGCUCUUCACAGUAAAAAUAGGACAAUAACAUUCAGAUGUGUGUAACAUUACAACACAUCAAAUGUAUCUUCUGAUCUGAACUGUCCUGUACAUUUAAGCAAGAUUUAAAAUGUCUGAUUUUCAGUGCUGAUUUCUGUUGACAGCCCUUACUCCUAAACUGAUCCUGAGAUUUCAUUCUAUGAGUUUACAGAUUUGUUAUUACUCACAGUGAUGAUCCAGGUUGUUGCAUCCAGCGCUGUUGGCUCACCCUGCAGAGGCCGUCUUAAUCUCAAUGGUACCCUCAUCAGAAGUUGAUUGACAGAGCAGUAAUUGAACCCAAUUUUCAGAUCUGAUUCACAGUCAAGUGAAAAUAAUGACCAUUCUCUGAUUUCAGCUUCUCAAAUAUAAGGGAAGCUUUCGUAAAUCGUACUUUGAAUUUCUUGUGGAUUUCGGACUCUAGGUUGGUGCAAUGAUUUUGUCAACAAAUUUUAAAAAAAAACCCCACUGAAUAUGAAGCCCUCAUUUAGAUUCAGUAGUGUUUUUACUGUUAACGAUUUUAGUACAUUAUAUGGUUCAGAAGAAAAGUGUCAGAAAGUUCAAAGUACAAAGAAAUUACUUCAGUUAGGUCAUAGUUUCUGAUGACAACUAGAUAAUAGAUUAAAAAAAAGUUGAUUGCUAAUCACAUCAGUUUUUAGCAAUAUCUGACAAGUCCAGGUUGGACUUCCAGGCUUUUUUUUUUUUUUUCUACAGUUGUGUCAGUGUAUUCCUGCAGAGACUUUGUUCGCGAGGAAAUCCUGUUAAUUUCUAAUCCUGAAGUUAUAUGGAAGAAGUUAGCGUUUUUCUGACUGUAGAAAAAAUUGCUGUGUUAAAUAAUCUGUUAACAAUAUUUUUCUUUGCUACCAUCAUCCCUGUAAAAACUGGAGAGAUUGGCGACUUUCCAUAAAAACAGAUUCAAUGAGGGAACAUUUUCAGUAUGCAUGUACAUACAAUAUGUAAACUAAAUGUCAUGAUACUGUCAUACUGUUAUAAUCCUGAAUGAUAUUUUGCUUUAAUAAAGAAAACUACAAAACUCA